CCCCAAGAUCACCGGCUCUGCCUGAGCGCUCGCUGAAGUCCUACAUCAUAGGUCUAUAUCCUCUACGGCACGGCCAUGAAAAGGGCACUGAAUCCCAGAAUCAAAAUAGGAAAUAGUCCCAACAGAAAGAUACAUCAGUGAUUCAUCCCUGGACACAGAGCCUGGUCCCAGUUCCAGUUUGACUGCUUGGGUCAGUGAACGUGAAUAUCCUCAAGUCCUGAUGGACCCCUCACAACUUUGCACAAACGACCCUGAGUGGUCUGCAGAACCAUUCACAGACAAUCAAACUAUUGUACAGGUGCAUGAACCAGAGACGCUAUCUGGGCUGUCCAUCCCAGAUGAAAAUGACACAAUAAACAUUUCCACCAAUGAGAAACGAUCUGACAGUGAUAGUUUAAACUAUUCAUCUUGCAGCAUGUCUCUUUGCUUAGAGUCUUCACAAAAGUCUGCCUUCGUUGCACCUUAUUGUACGGAUCCAGAAAGUGAAGCUGUACCUCCUUUGCCUGAUCUUUGCAGUGACUCUAUUCCAGCUCUAUCCAGUACAACAGAGCUGCAUGUAGAACCAGAAACAUCUCUGGUGUACUGCCUGAAGAACAAAAUUAGUUUGCCUGAAUCCCAGAAUUUAGACAUUGUUGAGGUUCCAGCACCUCUGUCAGAUCUUUAUAUUUUUGAAAGUGACACGCGGGAUUGUAUCCUUACCAACACAAAAGAUCGUCAUAAGACCACACAUCUUGAAUACCAGUUAACAUUGCAGUCGGGUGUCGGAAAGGCAGACCAAGACAGUGAUGCACAUGUCCCGAUGUGUUAUUUAGAAGGCAUUAAGACACAGUGUCAAAGUAGCUUUACAGAGGAACAAGUCUCAGAGACCAAUGUGUCAGAGGCAAGCCAAUCUGAUGAGUUACGAGCACCUGCUGUGGAUGCCUGGGAGGUGGACUGGAUGUCGGAAAGUGAUGUGAGAUUUGUGAAAGCAGAGGUCACAGCUUUGACCCUGCAAAGGCAGCACAGUGUCAGCCCCGCCGAGCUCUGGAUGGACGCGUGCCAGUAUCUGACAGGUGAGGAUGCGGGAGACAAGGAGGACGUGGAUCAUCAAGCUUUAAGUGACUCCUUACAAGAGUCAGAUUACAGUCCUGGUGACAACAGGAGGGUUGGCUGGUCACCAGUGGAGAGGUGGUCAUCAGUGGACAGCUGGGCCAGCGCGCUCUCAGACUGGACCGGGGUUAUUGAGGAUCCGGCAGAAGAAAUCACGGCCGCCUUUGCAGAAAUAGGGGCUGAGAUUGAUGCUUUGACACAAGCACUGCAGGAGGUGAGCACUCACUUCGAGCCAGAGACGCUGCAAGACGAUUUACGGGCUACAGAGGCGGAGGAAAGGCAGCAAACUAUGGGUGUGCAAGAUCAGCCACUAAAAACCCCAGAUAUCCCAGAGAGUCUCAUCCCUUCUGAACAAAGCUACCUUUCUUUGUGCCUUGACGCUUCAAGACCUGAACUUCAUGACAGAGGAGUCUCCCAGCAUGUUGCACCUCUGUGUACAUGUAGAGGAGAACGAGAGGCAGAAUCCUCCCCGCGCUCCGCUCUGCAAAACAUUCCGGCUGGAUCGUUCUCUGUGGGAGCAGAUUCAGAUGCUGGAAUGACUGAAGUCACACUCAAUGCUGGAACUGUGUCUCUGGGUUGUUUGGACCUCCCUUGGCUUGACAGAUAUUCCAAGACCUUUGAACAAGAUUUAUUUUCUAGUGAAGAUAACCAUCCAAUCGAGCUGAAAAUAACAGAAGAUGUGGAUUUGAACACCAACAGAGACCUGGUGCUCCAGGAGGUUUUUGAAGAUGAUCUGUGCAAGGGGUCUGUGACUGAGGAGCAGAUAAAAGGAGACAAGCGUCGAACAGAGCUCAGUAUCUUCUCCGCUCAUGAACCAGAGGUGGACACACCCACAAAUGUCUCGUUUAACACUUUUCUAGCCCCGUUUGGAGCAAGCCAGGUGGAGUCAGGUGGUCCUGAGCUUAUUAUGUGCUUAGCUCCCCUCAGUGGUAAUUCUGCCCUCGACUGUCGGACAAGCAGCAGCUCGGAAGGAGACCAAAGUUGCACAAAAACCUACCUGAGUGACAGCAUCUGUUGCGGUCAUGUGCGAGACUGCACACCAUCUCCGGCCCUGGGUGGAAUUACCAACAAACAAUUUCUGGAAGGUCACCAGGAGCCGAUUUAUAAAAAGCAGAACACAAUAAAUACUGAUGAGAAACUCUCUCCCGAUGAACGACAGGAGCUACAAAUUGAAGACACCGUGUGGCCUGUCCUUUCUGCAGCUGAUGAGAUCAAGGAUUUCAGCACAGAUCUAGCGAGGUUCACAGUUUUUCCUGGAGAUCAUCUGUUCAUAUCAGAGAAGGAUUGUGUUGCAUGCAUCACUUUAAACUUAAACGAUCCAUUCAUCCCUGGGUCUCAGAACCUGUCUUCACAGCUGCUGAAUUUGAGCAAACUCAGCUGAAAAUGCCUCACAAAACUUCAAAGAAUCCCCCAGACAGCAAAACGCGCUCCAAAAAGGACAAAUCAUCUGGUCAUCAUCAUGGAGCACAGGCUGCCAAAAAACAAGAGAGUACAUCGCAGCA